GCAUAGCUUUGGUGGUAGGCCCUUGAUCCACUCGCAGAAGCGUUUUGCAGCGGCUGACGGGGAGGCUGCGGCUUCCAGCUGGUGUACUCUCCUUCCCAGCAUUGCCCAUUCUGGGAUGGUGGCAGCCUAACAACAUCUGGGUUCCCGCAUGCCUGAACCCACCCAGGCGUCCUUUGGAGGCGCAAUCCCAUUGAUGCGGGAUUUAAAGCGCGCACAGGGUUUUGGUUUUCCCCCAAGCAAACCCGUUUACACCGCAUGCCACUUUACUCCUAGUUAACUGCGGCUGCAACCUUGCACUCCAACCCUGCGCAAGCCCCACUGAGUUUAAACGGCGCCUCCGUGCGCAAGUGAGGCUGCAGGCGGGCAACCGCGAUCCUAGGCACAGGAUAGUGCUUCUUUCGCAUCAAUGGCGAGCCGCGUGCCUGGAUCUGCAGAGGUGCAGCUGGACCUGUGCAAACUGCCCUCGGAUGUCUGAUCACGCCUUGCAGAGUCUGCUUGGCGCGCGCCUUGGCAUCGCAUCCCCGGGCUCGCUGGUUGUUGCAACGUUUGCUUGCGCAAGGCAGCCGGGAGAGACCAGCCAGAUCCGCGCGGAUUGCGCCUUGCUGGAUGAACGCGGGGGCGUCUGGCGCUUCUUGGGGGGUGAGGACGGAAGGGGAGGCCCCCUGCAGGCCCAAGGGGCAUCCAUCUCCUGAGCCCAGCAAUGGACGAUGCAGCAAUCGGUCAGCAGUUCACUAAAAUCAAAGGUUCCGAAAGGGUGAGGAAGAUUGGCAGAGAAGAAGUACAGCUGGAAGAGGGUUCAGAUACGCAGCUGCCCCCUUCUUCAGGAGAGGGAGGGGAAAGCCUCGUUUUGCUGAAGACGGUACAUUUGAAGGAAGGUGAGGAUGAUUUCCAGGGGGCUCCUCCUGCCCAUCAGCACACCUUGACCCAACGAGAGGCAAGCAUCCUGCAUCCUUUGGAGGUGGUCCCACAGAGCGAAGCUGCAGAAGAGGAAAGCCUGGUGAUAAGUUUGCCGGAGGUUUUCUAUGCAAUCCAUGAAACGGAAGGGGUGCACACCCACGGCCUGAAAGAAGUGCAGGCGUUCAAUCACGGAGGUGAAAGGUCAGCGGAGAAGACCCUGGACGCCCUUCGGGUUCAUGUGCAGUCGCAGAAGGAUAGAAGUAAAUAUGCAAUUGCAGCUGGUGGCAAGGACCAGCAGUUCUUUGUAGUGGAGGAAGACGGAAUUGGCCAUUCCCUUGCGAUGGAGGAGGCAAAACCUCUGAGCGGCAGAAUGAAAAGAGGUGCCUCUCUGUGCCACAGCUCUGAAAACAAGGACCUGAGCGAGGCGCCUGCAUCAAAACAGCGUCCUGUUGUGACAAGCACCAAUGCUGGCAUGAAAGCCCACAGCAACAGGCAAGAAGGGGAUGCACUGCACCGUUGCAGUUUGUGCGCGUUCGCCUGUUUCAGCGCGUCAGGCCUUCAUCGCCACGUAAAAAAGCACUCUGAGGAAAAGCCCCACCUCUGCCACCUGUGCCUUAAGGCUUUCCGGACCGUCUCCCUCUUGCGUAACCACGUGAACACGCACACAGGGACUAAGCCGUACAAGUGCAGCGAGUGCGACAUGGCCUUCGUGACCAGCGGCGAGCUUUCGCGGCACAGGCGGUACAAGCACACCCUCGAGAAGCCCUUCAAGUGCUCGUUCUGCAACUAUUGUAGUGUGGAGGCCAGCAAGCUGAAGCGUCACAUUCGCUCGCAUACAGGAGAGCGCCCGUACAACUGCACCCUUUGCACCUAUGCUAGCAGGGACACUUACAAGCUGAAGAGGCAUAUGGUCACUCACUCUGGUGAAAAACCCUUUGAGUGUCAGAUUUGCAAGGCCAGGUUCACUCAGGCUGGAACUCUGAAGUUCCACAUGUUGCACAAACACGAGGAAAAUGUGCCAAAAUACCAGUGUCCACACUGUAACACGUCUGUGGCCAGAAAGGGUGAUUUAAAAAUCCACUUGCGAAACCUCCACUCCUAUAUCGAAGUGCCGCUGAAGUGCAGUUACUGUGAAAAUGUCUUCCACGAGCGCUACGCUUUCAGACAGCAUAAGAAGACCCACACAAAUGAGAAGAGAUUCAGAUGUGACGAGUGCAGUUACGCAUGCAAGCAGGAACGCCAUAUGGUUAUUCACAAACGGACACAUACAGGCGAGAAGCCCUUCGUUUGCGUCUCUUGCAGCAAACGCUUUCGACAGAAACAGCUCCUGAUGGUCCAUUUCAAGAAGUACCACGACUCCAGUUUUCAGCCAAGAGUGUACAAAUGCCCGAAAUGUGGAAAAGGCUAUUCUCGCUGGAAUAAUAUGCGCAAGCAUGCUGAAAAGUGUGGCGAGUUAAGGACCGUUCAACCUAGCAAAGGGAACAAGAAUAAAAAGAAAGAAAACAAGGGGUCCAGCUGCGACACCAAAGAAGGAGGAGUUCCUUGUGUUAACUCUCAAUUCUUCACUCCUCGUAUCCCUGUCGGAACAUGGGAGAAAAAGGAAGUUGUUUUGGACAACGAGAAAACUGGGGUGACUUGUGAGAUGAUAUUCGACUCGAUGGACAAAUGAUGCGGUUAAACACCUCUUCUGUCUGCCUGUAAAUACAUUAAGCUCAAUUGGCAGAUCUGUAGAGCAUUAUUCCCUGAAGGUUGCUGAAACUGCCUACGUUUUGCCAUUGUUCUGUUAACGGCACGCAAGAAGUCAAGAGUAGGUUCGUGGAGGUAAAAUGCCUCAGCGAAAUCGUUCCAAAUAACUCUGGCUCUCUCGCCAAGGACAAGUCACCUCUGAAUGAAUUGUUGGAUUUCAAAUAGCUUCCAUUCAGCGUUACAAGUUUAGUUAUAAAGAGCUGGAAUUAUAAUACAAUUUGAAUGGAUUCCUUUAUGGCAUGGAUCCCAGAUCUCUUUAGCAAAUGUGGCAGAAGUCAAUGGUGAUUUUUUAAAAGAGAGUUUAUAGCGGUAUUGUAACAGAUGUACUCAUCCCCUUAUCCUUUCUAAACUAAACAGUGUUUCAGAAACUUGCUUGACCCCCAAGGCAAAGUGUACCUACCCCACAAGAAGGAGUGCCUCUAUCAUAACACCUCCAGCACUCUUUAGAACAAGCAAACUGUCGGCAGCUGCGCCGCUUAAAUUCUGUAAGUCUAUAAACAGACUGAAAAGAGGAAGAAAGUUUAUUUAAGGUUGCAGUGCGUUCUGAGCAUUUUACCUUUAAAGUGUAUUGAAAAAGAAAAGAAAACACAGAACUGUUGUAAUCUGUAAACAAUCUGCAAACAAUCUGCAUAUCGUGUAUUUCCGUUUAACUUGUUCACACAAAUAAUUACGGAGAGAGACGUUUUCUUCUCUUGUGGGAAACAUGUUCACAGCCAUUUUGACAGUGGCAGCCGUCUUCAAGUUUGCAUUUUGACCGGGUCCAAUAAUCCUCUGUCUCUUAUUGAUUUGAUUGAAUAGCAAGCUGCUAUUUCAACUGCCCUCAGGUUGUAGAAAGAAAUAAUUACGUUUUCUACAUAUUUUACCCUAGGUUUUUGGCUAUGUUGACGCUUGUUGUAUUAUGUCUAUUGACCUGGGAAUCAGAACUGGAAAUGAAACUUAUUUUGCCCACUCUGUCCAUCCCUCCCUUGUCACACAGAACUCACACACAAACAGUUAGAAAUGUUUUCAUCCUUCAGUAUCGCAGAGGUUUGCUGGCAUGAGUUUCACUUUAAAUGAAUUAAUUUUGCCUUGCCACCAUUUCCCAAGAAUUCUUUCCCAAUUGCAUUCUUCUUAGUAGUUCUCAUGCAAUGGAUUUUGCCAUCCAGUUUUAUAGAGCCGUUUAAUUGAAUACGGGAGGUGGGAGAGACUAAUUCUCAGCACCCAUCCCACCUCCGUAAAUACCGACCAAAUCAGACAACCUUCAUGGUUAGCUAAGCAGCAGAGAUCCUUGGGUGCAAGCAUCGCGCAAGGAAAACAGCGUUCAAGUCUGUUAAUGUUUUUACCUUGGAAAUUGCUAACCUCUGCAGCAUCACUGAGAUGUUACCAGAAUGAAUCAGAAUUGUUCAUACUGC